CGACCCACCGACCCACCGACCCACCGACCCACCCUCUGGGUCACCUCAAGCCCUGAAUCCACCCGAACAAGAACAAGUACAAGAACAACAAUCUGAAGAGGACGAGGAAGAAGCGAAGCUCAUCUCACCAACCAACCAACCAACCAACCAUCUAUUCAUCCAUCGGAUUAGUCCUAGAUCAGGGACACCUGGGCGCUCCUCCCACCCGCCUGUGACCUCUAGACCCUUGGUGGGUCGACUCGGUUGAGCGACUGAGCGAGUGUGCCGACCGUGGGACCGUGAAAUAUUGAUGAACACGGCUCCGGAUGCCAAAUCGUGCCCACUCUCUGUUCCAGCCAUGUCCGAUCUCUAGUAGUGGCAGUGAGAUGCUUCGGGCCCCAACUGCCUAAAAACGAGCAAGGCCGCCGCCUUCAGUGCUUGGGGCCCGUGAUCGGGUCCCUAGUCGCGUCCCUGGUCGCUCUGGCAGAACCCCGCCAGAGAAUUCCAAACUUCAAAGAGGGGCCCAACCCACUUGGUAUGACUGGAUGUUUCAACCAACUCCUCAUUUCUCUGGGCUGCUUAAUGUCCGUUGGUCCUCCUUCGAGAUAUCACGUCCUUCGGGCCCCAGGCCACACCCUGCGUGGGCGGAUCUGCCUUUCCAGCAUCUGAUUGGCAUUCAAGAAUGACUAGGGCGCCCUCUUGGCCCAAGAGUGUGUCUUGUGUGGACAUUUGUUGAAUGGGCCAAAAAACAUUGAAAGACCGGAAGCUUUAAUUGAUUCUGAAUGGGAACAAACGAAUGCUGGUGCAUGCGUAGUGCUUACGUACAAACUGGCUGAUCUUUUGUGUCAGACGAUCGAUUUCAAUGAUAUGUUGAUUGGGCUUUGCGAGCUUUGAACUCCCUCUCUUCAAGUUCAUUAUGCCGCUACCCGAGAGGCUCAUUGAGCCGGUGAGCGUGUCCCGCGGUACCCUUCAAUAUCCCGUGCCUGAUGAAUUAGAAGGCGUAACCAAUGGCACUUUGGCUAAUAUCAUUCGUCAGCUCUCGUCGGUGUCGCGUCACGCCGAGGAAAUGUUUGGGAAUCUCUUUUACGAAGCCGAAGCCAUCGCCCAACGCAGUUCGCACGUACAGGCCCGCAUCGAUCGCUUGGCCGUGAAAGUCACUCAAUUAGAUUCCACAGUUGAAGAAGUAUCCUUGCAAGACAUUCAUCAAAAGCGAGCCUUCCGAUCGUCACAAACCUUCGAUCAGCAGGUCGUGUCGCGUGAAACAAUGCCCAAGGCUAUGUUGGAAGCUUAUUUGGCGUGUGAUAAGCCACCCCCCUUGGACAAUCUUAACCCGUAUCGGGAUGAUGGAAAAGAUGGACUGAAGUUCUACACCGACCCCAAUUAUUUCUUUGAACUGUGGCGCCAAGAGAUGCUUAAAGACACGGAAAGAGUGAUGCACGAUAAAGGCCGCAAGUGGUAUACCAUGGUGGUGACCAAGACACAAGAUAUGGUUCACGGCCAAGGAAAAGGUCAUCAUGUUCAUGGAAAUGGGACUUCGAGUGGGGAAAAGCAUGAGAGAAAUAAGAAAAAGAUUCGGAAUCCUAGCAAUACCGCCGAAAAGCAACGUCAAAAAGCCAUGAAUCGUGGUGAAUAUAUAGUCGCUCAGAGCGACUACAACCCCAACAAUCCGAUGAGGAACAGUCAAGGGGGACCAACUUACUUUAAUGGCGAUCAAAUGCACCAGCCGCAUCAAAUGAACGGAGGAGGGAUCUAUCCCGGAAUGCCAGAAUAUGCCAUGAACUCGCAAUCAUCGAUUCAUCAUCGGCCAAAUAACAUCGAUCUUCAUGAACCCAACUUUCCCCUGUAUUCUAGUGGACCUGCCCCCGGUGGAUAUCAAGGCUAUAAUCCCACCCAGGAACCCAUCUAUACGCCUCGUAUCUUGAGGAACGAUAACAAUAGCAUGCCCCCAAUUCACAACACAUCAGUUGUUGCUCCUGCUAGCACCACCUCCAACCAAUCUCAUUCUAGUCGACCUAUAAACUUUGAGCCCGUGAAUGCCCUGGACGUCAACCGGCGAGAUUUAUCCUCGGUGACUAUGGGGUCCGGCACUUCGUCGUAUCAAAGUGGAUUCAUGGAUCCACAGGCAGCGAUGACCCUCUCUCCUCAAGGAACGCCCACCCGCAGGCCCAAUCAACCCCCACCGGCUCCACCCCCAACAACCACUGACUCGUUCGCCGGGGGUGUGCCUCAACAGCUGCGUGAAAAUUUGAACAGCAGUCUUCCGCCUCCGCCCAUGAUGAUGUCUCAGAUUCAAAAUGGCAAUGGCCUUAUGGAUUUGUCGUCGUCGUCAGGUCAGGGUGAUGUGGAUUUUCUCCCACCCCCUCCUCCUGUGCCAAAGCAAGAAAACUUCCAUCAGGAAUUGGUGGGUGCAAUUCCGCCAGCUUUAGCUGGUAUGAAAUCUCAACUCGAUAGUGCCCCGUCGCCACCCCCUCCACCUGUAUCAGCAACUUCGUCAAGGAAUACGGAUGUAACAACUGCGGGGAAAGGUACGUCAGAUUCGGGGAUAGCCGUCACGAACAACGGUGGGACUUUACCGACGGGUGCACCACCUCCACCGCCUCCGCCCCCACCUGCCCCUGGUCUGAUCUUAAACAAUGGUUCAACCAAGAAUUUAGACAUCAAAAAGAUAUCACCCGGCAAUGUGAAUGGUUCCCCAUCAUUGACCGACAACGGCGGCACACAAGGCAGUGUCAAUUCGUCCCCCAAAAAGCCCAUGAUGCCCGCGCAGCCUGACAUUCGUUCCGAUCUUUUAAAAGCCAUCCGAGAUGGCAUUGCUCUACGUCGUGUGGAACAAGUUGGCAAAGAAGAGGAACAAAGCAAUGGCAAAGAAGGUGGAACUGCAGACGUAGCCUCGAUCCUGGCCCGCCGAGUGGCCGUCGAAAUGUCGGAUAGUGACGAUGCUGGUGCACCCACUGAUUCGGAAUAUGACUCCGACGAUUGGGGCGACGAAAGCACAGCCUGACGAAAAUCCGCGGGGGAUGAUCAUGUCACCACGACCAGCAACUAUUACAACAACUUUAAUAACUUCAAGGACGGCGAUCAAACUCAAGCCAAAUCUGUCCUGGCCUCUAUGAGUAAUCCUUACUUCUUUAAAUCCCAAGAAUCCCUGGCAACUGUCAUUGACAUAGAUGAGGAUGAAUCUAAUUCCCCUGCGAUUCCAAAUCAAGAUAACCUUAAAGAAGGGUCGGACAAUGGCUCCACCGAACGACAGGGUGAUGAUGCUGUCUCUGAGACCCCCGAAAUCAAAGAUCAAUGAGAGUAGCCUUCUGACGGCACUCACGCAAGCUUGGUCUUGGGCUAGAACCCCGAGAGAAAACUCAAUUUGCAAUCAGCUUCAUUGAACCAAGCCAAGAAAUUUAAUGCGCUUGUACCAUCCAUCUUCCUUCCUUGAGAAUGAGCUUGUGGGACGGAUGCGAUAAUGGAUGCCCCUGAGUAUGCUAUUUACUGCUGCUACGUUAACUCUAGAGUGAGUGUGAAUCCGGAAAGCCUCAUAGCAAUUCUGCCAAUACUAACCAAUGUCCUUAUGUCACGUUCAAGACGAAAAUGCAUCUCUUUCUUCCUUA